UCAAGAAGACCUCGACUCUCACAUGUAGGUUUAUAACAGAACCAGAUACCAGAUGUAAAGAUGGUGCAUUUUCAGUCCCACGUGAAGUGCUCACCAAGAGGAAACCUUCAAAACACUUCGUCAUUUACACGACACACUAUGGGCUGAGAAAGACAGUAGACCACAGCAGAUCAACAAUAACCAAGAAUAAACUGAUGUCUCCACAGAAACAGACUGUACAGCACGUUCCACCGACUCUGCACAGAAAAGUAGAACAAAGAUUUAGUUUGAGAGAAACUUCCUGAAAAUGGAACCAACAGAAGAAAAAGGGAACAGCAUGGAACAUCCACCUGCAAUCACUGAUCCACCACCUGUAUCUGCAACAGAGACACCAACACCAGACGUCACCAUGGCAACAGGGAAAACAAAAGGCUCAGUGAAAUACGAGGACAUCAUCUCUAAGAGUCUUCUUGUCCGUUCAGGAUCUCCUGCUGUCUACCAGCUGAGACCAAAGAAAGAGGAGAUUGGAUCUCUAAGAAGAAUGACUCUUGGUGAAAAAGAUCUGAACCAGACAAACAGAACCAUCUUACUUGUUGGAGAAACAGGAACAGGAAAAUCUGCUCUGAUCAACACUCUGGUCAACUACACCAUGGGAGUGAAGUGGGAGGAUGAUGUCUGGUUUCAGAUUGUAGAGGAGGAGAAGAGAAACCAAUCAGAGAGUCAGACAUCAGAUGUGAUCGUGUACCAGAUCUUUGGAUUUGAAGGUAAAACUCUGCCCUACUCUCUGACCAUCAUCGACACUCCUGGAUACGGAGAUACCAGAGGGAUUGAACAUGAUGCUGCAGUCAGUGAGAGAUUAUUAGACUGGUUCCGCUCAGAUGAUGGAGUUCAUGAGAUUAAUGCAGUGGGUCUGGUGCUGAAAGCAACUGAGAAUCGACUGGAUGAUCGACUGAUGUACAUCUUUGAUUCAGUGGUGUCUCUGUUUGGUAAAGACAUGGAGCAGAACAUCGUCGCCCUCAUCACACACUCAAGUGGUACGACGUAUAAAAACGCUCUGAAAGCUCUCGAGGCUGCAAACAUUAAAUGUGCCAAAGAUGAAAAGAAUCAGCUGGUUCACUUCCUGUUUGAUAACUGCCAGCAUGAAGACAGGACAGAGGACACAGAAGAGCUGCAACAUGCAUUUACAAAAACAACUAAAGGUCUGAAGAAGUUCACAGAGUUUCUGCACAAAACAAGAUCACAAAAGCUGAAAACAACUGUGGAGGUUCUGAAGUCACGAAUCAGACUGACAGCCUGCAUCCAAAACCUGAAAGAGAGGAUUCAGUUAACUGAACUAAAACAGAGAGAAAUCCAACAGACCCAGGAAGCUCUGAAGAAACAUGAAGAAGAGAUGAAGAAAGAUGAGGAGUUCACUGUAGAAGUUGAUGAGGCCUACAAAGAGAAACUAGCUAUCAAAGCUGGGAGGAGGUGGUGGUUGUUGUUUUCUAAUGGAGCGACCUGCUGUACAGUCUGUGAGGAGAACUGUCACUAUCCAUGCACACUGGCCUGGUAUCCAAAACACUGUGAGGUCAUGAAAGAUGGCCGCUGCACUUCAUGUACCAGGAAGUGUCCUGUGUCAGAUCAUGUGAAAGAAGACUGGAUCUAUGUGACCAAGACAAGAAGAGUUAAAAAGACCCUGCGAGAUCUGAAAGGGACGUAUGAAAAGCAGAAAUCAGAGUGUGACAAGAAAACAAGUCUUUUGGAAAAACUACAGGAGGAAAUGGAAGAACUUGAGAAAAAGAAAGAUCAGAUGUUCGAUAAAUUCUUCCAGCAUGUUGUCAAUCUGGAGCAGAUCGCUCUGAAAGUUGAUUCACUGUCCACUCUGGUCCACUUGGACUUCCUGAUUGAGAAGAUGAAGGAGAAAAGAGACACAGAGAAGAUCCAGAAACUGGAGGAGAUGAAGAGACAAAUGGAGGAAGAUAAAGGAUUAGUAGCAGCGCUGCAGUACGGCUUUAAUAAACUAACAUCAGCAUUUAAAGGAGCAAAAACUAAUUGAAGAACCUGUCAGAGAGCAGAUAGUGUAGAAAACAUCUUCACACAAUUGAUAUAAAUGUUGAAACAUGACAACAUGUUGCUGAGUGUGUUUGUAUAAAGUGUUGAUGUGAUAACUUCAUCAGAACAUUGAAAUGUGAUCACCACAGCUAACAGCUCUGCAUUAAAUGGAGUGAGGACGCCCCCUGGUGUUUCAUGCUGAAUACAACAGCUCCCUCCUCUAUAUCACACAUUUAACACAAAGUCACAUCCUGCUGUAGAAACACACAUUAUUUGUGCUGACAUUGCUGUUACAAUCAUGUUUCUCUCCAAUAUAAUCAGGCUUCUGCUCACAUGUUUCUGCUCCUGCUGGUCUGAAUAGAUGUGUCUUAUAUAUCCACCAUGAUAUUAUAAUGUUGAAGUUGUUGUGAAACUAAAUAGAAGUAAAGUGAUGAUAAAGGAGUUCAGCCUGGAGGGGUUAAAGCUCUUCCUGUGUGUUGUGACUGUUUCUCUCUUUGUGUGAGUUGAAUGUUUUUAAGGUUGAUCUGAUGUGUUUUUCUGUGAUUUAUUGUGAUGUUACUCUGAUGUUGACACAAGUGUCAGUAACACAUCACUGACAUACUUCUGCUCAUAUAAAGCAGUUAAACAUGAUGUUUGUCAUGUUCAUCACUGUACAGAGGACUCUGAGUCUGGAGGGUUUCUGAAGAGUCAUGUGAUCUACUGUACUUUGAUUUGAUUGGUUCUCUGGUUCCUUCAUGUGUCUUCAUGCUUGUAGAAUAUCUCAGAUGACUCAGUCCACGUGGAAACAUGUUGAUCCAUAUUUUUAGUGAUUGUAAUAUAUUGUGUUAUUCCACAUGAAGUCAUGUCCUGACUGAUGCAGUGUUCAGUGAAUCAUUAAUAAAAUCUGUGCUUGAUGAACUCAGUUUGUUCAGAGUGUCUUCACUGGAUCAUCAGCAGCUUUUUCACUCUGUUGAAUCUU